AUGAAGCUUCAGUUGCUUUUGAUCGGUUUACUUUGCGGUCUGUGCUGUGGUCAAAACGAAAUAAGAAUUCGUCCAAAAGAUGGAAAUGUUUUUGAGUGGCUGGGCUCGAUUUUUUUACCACCAAUAACUACGGAAUCAAGUCCAGUAACAGAUACAACUUCAACGACAACCAGGAGGACAACUACAAGUACAAGUACAACUGCAACUACAACUACAACUUCAACUACAACUUCAACUUCAACUACAACUACGACUUCAAGACCUCCUGAAUUCGAUUUGCCCUCAGAAAGGAAUUGUGUUACAUGUCGUUGUGGCUUGAUUAACACCCUAUAUAAAAUCGUUGGUGGUCAGGAGACCCGAGUUCAUCAAUAUCCCUGGAUGGCUGUGAUUCUGAUUAACGAUCGCUUUUAUUGCUCGGGAUCACUGAUCAAUGAUCUAUAUGUUAUAACAGCAGCUCAUUGUGUGGAGGGUGUUCCACCAGAACUUAUUUCCCUGCGGUUUCUCGAACACAAUCGUAGUCAUACAAAUGAGGAUAUCGUAAUACAGAGAAAUGUAUCUAGGAUAAAGGUCCAUGAACUAUUUAAUCCCCGAAGUUUUGAAAACGAUAUUGCAGUUCUACGCCUAAAUCAACCGGUUGAUAUGGAGAAUCAACGACUAAGGCCCAUUUGUUUGCCCAUACUAUCCUAUAGUUUUGAUCACGAAUUGGCCAUAGUCACUGGUUGGGGAUCUCAAACAGAAGGAGGAUUUUCCAGCGAUACUUUAAGGGAAGUGGAAGUGGUGGUACUAUCCCAAUCGGAUUGCCGGAACUCGACUUCCUAUAAGCCAGGUCACAUUACGGAUAAUAUGAUGUGUGCUGGAUAUGUUUCGGAGGGUGGCAAGGACGCCUGCUUGGGCGACAGUGGAGGUCCACUUCAGACGACCUUCGAUGAGCAGCCGGGGCAAUAUCAGCUGGCGGGGAUUGUUUCCUGGGGCACCGGAUGUGCCAGACCCCGAUCCCCGGGAGUUUAUACCAGGGUCAAUCAAUACCAUCGCUGGCUGGGAUCUAAUACCCCAGGAGCCUGCUAUUGUGUGCCCUAUCUCGAGGAAGAUUACUGA